AUGGCUGUGGAUUUCUAUCAACAGAGGCCAACUAAAUAUGUAUUAGCUAUGUUUACUCUUUUAUAUCUAAUUCAAAUUGAAAACCCGAUUUUUGCUCAUUAUAUCCUUUGGGGAUAUGUUGAUCUCCAUGUGCAGAGAGGUUCUGCACACAGCUGUCUGGACAUAAAUCUUUCAAGCUUCAAACUGGAGGCCACCAAAACACCUGAGCCUCUUGUCAUUGUUCUCUCUUUCAGGAUGAAGUCAAGCAAAUGCCCGAAGGGCACCCGGCCCGCGCCCGGGUUUCGCGGAGGCCGGGAAGGAACUGGGCGCGAGAGCGCAUCUCGGCUCGCAGAUCACACCCACUCGGGAGUGCGACCCUCGCGGCCGCGAGGGGACAGCGCUGGGGCUCCGGGGCUGAGCGCCGCCUCCGGGGAGCCGAGCGGCGGUGGCCACGGAAGCGACUCGGGCUGCGCGGACACGAGCUCCCCCGAGUCCCCGAAGACCUCGGGGAGCUCGGGCUGGAGACGGAGCCGAACCCGAGGGCAGCCCGCGGGACUGGCACUCGCCGGACCCCUCAACCCUCAGACUUUGCAAGAGCAGCUGGAAGCGGAAGAGGAGGAAGCCGGAGACCGAAGCGAGGGAAGGGAUGAACUACCGGAGGCUCCCGCCCGCGACGAGCCGGAGCCCAGAGUCGGCGUCGGGGCCCCGGACGCACUGGUCCUGGACGUGCUGGGUCCGCGGCGCCUGCCCCCCGCCCAGAGACAAGUCUUGUGCUCCGUGUACUGCGUGGAGAACGACCUGCCAGACGGCCCCCCGGCGGAGCAGAUCUCGCCGACCGCGUCGCCACCUCGGGUUCCGCCGGUGACGAACCCUCCCGACACCCCCACCUCCUUUCCGAGCCCCCGGCUGCCCCUCCCCACGGACCCCCUCGCCCCCGACGGCAGCAGCAUCGAGCUGGAGUUCUACCUGGCCCCGGAGCCUUUCUCCGUGCCCAGCCUGUUGGGAGCUCCACCCUACUCUGGCCUGGGUGGGGUAGGGGAUCCUUAUGCGCCCCUCAUGGUGCUGAUGUGCCGGGUGUGCCUGGAAGACAAGCCUAUCAAGCCCUUGCCCUGCUGCAAGAAGGCCGUGUGCGAGGAGUGCCUCAAAGUCUACCUGAGCUCCCAGGUGCAACUUGGCCAAGUAGAAAUCAAAUGCCCUAUCACAGAAUGUUUUGAAUUCCUGGAAGAAACAACGGUUAUCUAUAACUUAACACAUGAAGACUCCAUCAAAUAUAAGUACUUCUUGGAACUUGGCCGUAUUGAUUCCAGCACCAAACCAUGUCCUCAGUGCAAGCACUUUACAACCUUCAAGAAAAAAGGACAUAUUCCCACCCCUUCCAGAUCAGAAAGCAAAUACAAAAUCCAGUGCCCCACUUGCCAAUUCGUCUGGUGUUUUAAGUGCCACUCCCCUUGGCAUGAAGGUGUCAACUGCAAAGAGUACAAGAAAGGAGACAAAUUAUUGCGUCACUGGGCCAGUGAAAUUGAACAUGGGCAGAGAAAUGCCCAAAAGUGUCCAAAGUGCAAGAUCCACAUACAAAGAACUGAAGGAUGUGACCAUAUGACCUGCUCACAAUGUAACACUAAUUUUUGUUAUCGAUGUGGGGAGAGAUACCGCCAGCUCCGAUUCUUUGGAGACCACACAUCAAACCUCAGUAUAUUUGGAUGCAAAUAUCGCUACCUCCCAGAGAGACCUCAUCUAAGGAGAUUAGUGCGAGGGUCUGUCUGCGCUGGAAAAUUAUUUGUUGCACCUCUAAUCCUGGUUUUGGGAUUAGCACUAGGGGCCAUAGCAGUUGUAAUCGGUUUAUUUGUGUUUCCUAUCUAUUGCCUUUGUAAAAAACAGAGAAAACGAUCACGGACAGGUAUGCACUGGUGAAAUGCAAAUAAUUCAUCCAACUGAGCUUUCCCAGGUAGGAGCUAUACAGAAGGGUACCCCCAUCUGAGAGUCAUGUCUUGAAAAACACUGAGAGGAACCUUCUGCCGUCUCAUCUCCCUGUGGCCCUUGGCCAGCCACAAUACCUAGAGCUUCGGUGCACUCCCCAUAUGGUGUCCUGUCCUUUCCUUAUUCAGAUUGCUGCUUUUCAAAAUGGUCACUUUCACAGACUAUAUUCAUCAGUAUCAUAAUGCUGACCUUCUUAAUGGUUCUUGGAAGAAAAUAUUUUAAUCAGGAACCAACUCUCCUCAGAAUUGUCUGAGCCUGCUCUCCCGAGCAUUGCUUGGAUGUCUCCAUACCUACACCUCCCUCCAAGCCAUCUUCUGAGACUUGGUGUGAAUAGCUCAAGUGCCAUCUCUACCAACAAGCAAAGCCACUUUUCAGAAGAUAAAGACUCAUCAUGUGCACCUGUUUUCUUCUGUAGCCUAAGAAGUAGAACCCCUACAUCCUUCAGAUGUUAUAAUUGUUAAAAAUGCCCAAAAGGAAACUAAUGAAACUAAAUUAAUGGGAAGAAUCAUGAGUUAUUGAGUGUAUAUGUGUAAGGGUGUGAAUGUGUGUAUAUAAAUAUCUGUAUUGAAAUCCGUCCAUAAACCUUGUACUUGUCAAGUUCUCUGCCUCUACACUGUCUUUCCACAUUUUCAUGGACAUAUUUAAAGAUGAUGGUUCCUUUGUGGGCAUAAUUUGGUAAUGUACUGAAUUAAAAUCAAUGUAGACAACAGGC